GUUUAUACUCCGUGUUCUCUCGGAUUUCAGUCAUCCGUGACCAAAUUUUUCACGAUAACGUUUUGUGGAACCAUUGAUAAUCCUACUAAUGCACUGUGUGGCAGUGUAGGUAAUCCCUGUUGCGAUGGAAGUUAAUCCACUCAGCAUCAUCCUGGUCAAAUCGGACAGCAAAGGUGACCGACUACUGUUCCGUUACCCGUACAACGUUCCCCAGCAGUUCCAGACGAGUGUGGCCCCAGUUCGGAAGACUCCAUAUUCGAUAGUAAACAAUGCGGACGAUAUCUUGCAGAAUGCUCCACCAGCGGCGUCGAAUAUCUGCUUUGAUCAACUCUACGGAAUAUCGGAUGAUGUUCUUGCAACGCUGUUUGCCGUCAAGUCCGAAUUGUGCAAUCAGAAAUUUGAGCUCAAAGUGAACGAUGUUCGCUUCGUAUCGCAUCCAACGCUGGUGAAGAUGGACAGUGAGGAUCAAAAGAAUUCCUCUUAUUUCCGGAUCAACGUUGUUUUUGCGUUGCAUGCUCAAGCUAGCUAUUCCGUCGUAAAGUGCUACUACGAGCUAAGUAAACGAAUAGGCGUUGCACUGCUGUAUGAAGAGAAACGAGCGGGUUAUCUUUCGAACGAGAUGAAGAUGAUGGUUUCAUGUAUGGAUGAAGUGGCAGCAGCAGCACAGGAACAUGACCACGCAACAACAGCCAGUGGACCAUGUGGCAAUGUGUUUGAUACUAUUCUGAAAGAUAGUACCCUGGCACAGUUUAUCAAAACGAUCUACCAAGAUCUGAGUACUACGGGACUGCUUAAUGUAACGAUGAAUCAGUCGGUUACGUUGAGUUUUUGUCUUCCGCAAAAGGCUCAUCAGUUUCACAAGAAAGGAGUGGUGAUCGAGCCGGAAACCAUUGAUCGAUGUUUGCACGCACUUAAGCCAUACCAUGGAAUGUUACUGUUGGUAGAUCCAUCGGAAUUGUUGGAUUGUGUGCCUCCGUCUGGUGCGCGCAUGCUUCUGCAGCUGAUCGAAGCCUAUAAUCCGUUGAAGAGUCUACAGAAUAUGGCUUCCGAUGCAGAUCUAAUGAUUGACCACGUCUACCAACUGGUAGGUCAUUUGGUGUACUGGGCUAAAGCUACCAUUAUCUAUCCUCUAUGCGAGACCAACGUGUACGUCAUAGCUCCCGACGCCCAGCUGAACAUUCACUCGAAUCUGUCGGAAAAGUUUUCGACAAAAUUCCCGGGCAUGUCUCUGUUUGAGGUGAUCAGUGACUUUUCGUUACCAACAUCGAUCGGACAUCUGACUACACCAUUACAGCAUCCGGCUCGUCAGGGAAGAUUGGCUCAAAUGGUGUUGUGGAUGUUGCAGCACCACCUCCUAAUGCAACUGCACACAUACGUUCAAUUUAUAGCGUCGUAUGAUGAUGAAGAAGAAGGCCUAUCAACCAUGAACGGAAAUCAUAUCGAUGAUAUCAAAGAAAUAAGAGAAGAGGGGCAGCAGGUCAAGAAUACUAUUGGAUGCUGUUCGCUUCCGGCCACCUCUAGUCAACCCCUCGCCGUCCCUACGAAUCGUAAACAUUCCCUCUCGGAAGACCUGUUCCCUGAUAGUUUAACUUUGGCAACCUCGAACACGCGACCUUCGUCGGCGAGUCAUCGAUCCAACAUCAGCCAUUCAAGCGUUGGUCAGACCGCAUCCAGUACCGACAACGACGAAAGUAUAGCCUCGAUGGAUGACGACGACAAGAUAAAGCGACUGCUGUCGGCUUUUCCAGAGUGUGACCGUAAGGCGAUACUGAAGAUUCCGGCCGCUUCCAAUCCGGAAGACCUUUCACUUAUGGUACGUCUCUGGCAGGCCGGGUAUUUCAAAGGCGAACACCACCUGGAGGAGAUUAUGUACUUUGAAAACCUAAGACGAUCGCAGCUGCUUCAGCUGGUGGACAAAUUUCGAGACAUUCUCGUCAUCUAUGAAACGGAAGAUCCGGCCAUUGGCAGUCUAUACACUGUACCACAGCAGUAACAACAAACUCGUUUUCGUCGCAAGCAGUAACAAAGAAAACAUAAUAAGUAGA